UUAAAAAAUAAACAACCAACAAAUCAAAAAAUUAAUCAAAAUGAUAAAAACAAUUUUUAUUCUUGUUGUUGCAAUUGCAAUUGUUGCAGGAAGACCUGAAUCAAAGAUCCUUGGUGGACGGAAUGCAGCACUUGGUGAGAUUCCAUAUCAAGCAUCCCUCCUGUAUUGGGGUACUGAUUUUCAUUUUGCAAGUGGAGUUUUACUCAACAGUCGAUGGGUUUUAACAACAGCUAAAGGAUUAUUUGGACGAGCUGGAAACUCAGUUAAUAUUAUUCUUGGAAUCAUCCGACGUGAUGUGCCAUUUACACAUAGACAAAGCAUGGAAAUAAGGAUUCAUCCAAUGUUUGACUUUAAUACACGACAAAAUGAUGUUGCAGUAGUGAGAAGUGCUGCAGUUAUAGCUUUUACCAGCACUAUUUCUCCAAUGACUAUGGCUCCAACAUUCACUGGUUUUGGAGUAGUGGCAGAUGUAUCUGGAUGGGGUUCAACUAGAGAAGAUAUGGCUAAUGAAGCUGUUAUCCUUCAAAGAGCUAGUGUUGUAACUGUUUCAUGUCCUGCAUCUGAUUUUAUCACAUUUAAUAAUAAUCAACAUAUUUGUGCUGAAGCUCCAACUGGGAGCUCAGGAGCAAUCUGUACAAUUGAUGUUGGUGGGCCUCUUAUAGCUGAUAAUAUGCUAAUUGCAAUUUCAUUCUUCCAUGAUCCACGAUUCUGUGGAAGGUCACCAGACGGUUACAUCAGAAUCUCAUUUUAUAGAUCAUGGAUUAUGGGAAACAUACCAUUGCCUUAAAUACAAUAUUUAUAUAGAUUGAUCGUGAUUUUUAA